AUGGGUAAUGUCGCCAGUCGUCUCGACGAUGCAGGGAACUUGUUUCUCAAGGACCAGAAUCGCUUCUCCAUCGCAUCUGUCACCAUAAGCAACUCCCGGCGCCGCCUGCUGACCCUCUCGCCCAACGCGUUCCCGGCCGCUCGGUACAUCGCGAAACGAGAUGCAAACGACGAGACGCCGAUCGGAUAUAUUCAGGAUCCCGACGUCCCUUCCACCGCGUCAGUGCCGACGUUCUUGCUUCGCCUGUCGAAUGACGACGAGCUGAUCUUCAAUUUUACCUUCAUCCUUCGCCAAACCCCGACCGGCAAUGUUGCUGGGUCCACUGUCAAUGGCGUUGCGACAUCGCUGCCCGAGGUCGCCGACACCGUCCUCACCGGGCUUACGUUCGCCCACGCGUCCAACUCGAAGGAGCUCGAUACUCUUAUCACACGAGAAUUCCACGCCAACCCGAAUUUGCAAAAUAAUUCCAACGUCCAGCUUAUCGGAAAUUUCUCGACCGACGGCUCGCCUUCGGUGUCCUUCGACUGGUCGUGGACAUGGAAGCCCCCCAAAGCAACCGAAGACAAAGGUGGCGGCUGGCGGAACAGCUGCAGCCUCUUGGAUUAUGACCAGAAAACUAAUCGCUUGAAUACCCUUGCCCAUUUUUCCUUCUGGGUCCAAAGCACUGUCCGUUUGCUGCCCAGCCCGCAAAUGUCUUCGCCCAAUCUCGAGUUACCUGUCCCUCCCCCUCGUAGUCGCGUUCCCUCCACCCAGUCGGCCAUCUCCCACUUUAGCGACAGCGAUGGUGUCUCCAACCCGAACCUCCCUACAACCACCCCGCCGGAAUCGGCAGAUGGGUUGCCCCCUCCCCCGAGCGCACCCCCUCCCCCACCGCCCGUGAAGGUUGACCUACCGCACUCUCGACCAGGAGACGAUAUGAGCGUGGUGGAAGAUGGCCCGCUAUUCCGUGCUACAAUGAAGGCACUGGAACAAAAGACCGGCAACAUGCGUUCAAAAAUUAAAAAGGUCCUCAAAAAGGCCGAGGCCGCCCAGCAAGCACAAGUGGCUUGCAACGAAGCCAUGGAGGCCUUCCUAGGGUCGUUGAACGAUGCAUCCACCUCCAAUGCCAAUGCAAUUCAACCCGCGCUGGAUCACUACUUUGAGAAGACUGCCCGGCAGAUCCAAAGCUAUGAGCAGCUCAACACGGUCCAGCUGCAGAGGCUUGUGAUAGAUCCCCUCACGAGACUCUACCACAAUGACAUCAAGCAGGCGGAAGCCAAGAAGAAGGAUUUCGACGAAGAAAGUCGUGAUUAUUACGCCUAUGUCAGUCGAUAUUUAGGCCAGCGGCAAGACUCGUUGAAGGAGAAGAAGCGUGCGGAGAGCGAUUCUAAAUACCAAGCCAAACGCCGAAACUUUGAGCUCAAGCGCUUCGAUUAUUCAUCCUUCAUGCAGGACCUUCAUGGUGGUCGCAAAGAACAAGAAGUUCUAUCUCAUCUGACCAAGUUUGCAGAAUUCCAAGCGAAGGGAUUCUUGUCGACUGCUAGAAAGGUGGAGGAGAUGGUGCCCCAGCUAAAUGCCCUUGUCCAUGAAGUGACCCAAGCCGACAAGGAGUUCCAGUUUAAGAGGACUGAGCGCGAAGAGAAGCGCCGGGCUCUGGAAAAGAAUAGCAACCCGUACUUGGAGCCCGAUAUCGUGGCUGGCGCCCCGAGUGUUGCAUCUACACCCAGCGUGGCUCCCAACGGGGGCACCGCCAAUGAAACGGAAUUGGGCCGGGCCGAUAGUACAGGCUCGCAACUUCGUGGUGUGAUCAGCAACAGUUCUUCGGUUUCUUCUCAGGCAAACGCAGGGUAUGUUGCAUCAUCUACCGGAUCGACUGCGCCCACCGCUGGGGCCAGCUCUUCCACUACCCCGAGUCAAAACCGCUUCAAGGGUAUUCGAGACCUCGAGGAGCGAGACACCACUGGGUCCGAUCGGACUGCAAGCCAGCAACGAAAAGAAGGUCUUUUAUGGGCUUUGUCUCGUCCAGGUUCCCACAUUGAUCCAAAAGGAAUCAACAAGCAAGCAUGGCACAAGUUUUGGAUCGUCCUUGACCAAGGAAAGCUUUCGGAAUAUAGUAAUUGGAAACAAAAGCUGGAUCUCCAUAUGGAACCGAUUGACCUUCGAAUGGCGUCGGUUCGGGAAGCCAGAAAUGCGGAGCGUCGGUUCUGUUUCGAAGUCAUCACCCCCCAGUACAAGCGUAUUUACCAAGCCACUUCCGAGGAAGACAUGGCGACCUGGAUUCGAUCUAUCAACAAUGCUCUUCAGAGCGCAGUGGAAGGUCGAGGCAUGCCUCCUGCGCCUCCCUCUGCGUCUAAGAACGAGUCCUCUAGUGGGCGAGACAUCGGGUCGGUGUUGACCGGGAAGAGCUCAUCGGUCUCUGGCCAUCACUCUUAUUCAAGCAGCUCCAGCAGCAGUGGUGUCAAUCGCCGAACGACUGUUGGGGCCCGACCAAGCUAUGUCCGCAGUGACAGUAACGGCUAUGAAGAGAACCCGUCCCGUUUGCUUCAGGUGGUACGCGAUGCUGAUGAGGGCAAUAAUUGGUGUGCCGAUUGUGGAUCCUCUUCCAAGGUCGAAUGGGUUUCUAUCAAUUUGGGCAUCGUGCUGUGUAUUGAGUGCAGCGGCAUCCACCGCUCGUUGGGAACACAUAUCUCCAAGAUUCGCUCACUCACACUGGAUGUCCAUUCGUUCUCAAACGACAUCGUCGAGAUUCUUUUGCAGAUCGGCAACCGUGUCAGUAACAUGAUCUGGGAGGCAACAUUGGACCAGUCGGUCAAGCCAAUUGCCAGCUCCACACGAGAGCAGCGGUUGAAGUUUAUUACGGCCAAGUAUGUCGACCACACAUAUGUCGAGGGCCUGCCAUCCCCACGCUCGCGUUUUGCAACCCCAGACGAGACCCUCCUGGCAUCCAUCAAAAAGAAUGAUAUCCAAGGUGUGCUUUACGGCAUUGCCCUACGUGCCAACGUGAACGUCCCGGACCGUUCCCGCAACACCCACGCGGUGUUCCUGGCCCUCGCGGCCGCCGACCCUGCAUCGCCUGGGUCCACACCUACAACUCUUUCCGCCCGCUCCAACGUGAAGGCGAUUCCUUUCCCCAUCGCCGAGCUGCUGGUUCAGAACGGCACGGAGAUCCCCCCACAACCACCCUCCAUCCCCCUCUCACCGGCUGCUCAGCUGUAUCUCAGCCAACGCACCACCCGAUCAUCUGCAUUUAGCGCUCCGGCCCCGGGGCCCCUCUCGGGGAAGUCGAGUGCCAGUGACACCCUUGGUUCUCUCCCCACCAUCCGUGCGGCGGGCAAAGAUCCCGCCUCGUCCCAAGCCGCGAGCUCUUUGGAUUCUAAGGAGAAGGAGAAGUUGUCCAAACGGGGCAGCGCCGGUGCUCGAUUCGCAGGCAAGGUGGCCUCCCUUGGAAUCGACCGAUAA